AUGUAUGAAGUGGCGACGAACUUGUCUGCCCCUUCCACGGCCACCUCACAAAUUCACAACCACUUCACCACUCACACAUCCCAGCCAGUCCAACAGCAGCAGCCGCAGGCCCAACCGCAACAUUCCAUCACAGGGGUGCCACCACAACUGGUCGACCCAGACCGAGGACAACUUACUACUCCACACACUAUACUCACAGAGGAACUCUUGAUGAUGGAUAAAAUAGCCCUGUCUGGACAAGCCGACCCAGGAACCCUGGACCAGGACAACCAAGUCGACUCCAGUCACGUCAUCGCCUAUAAUCCUCAAGUGGUCUUGAUCUCAGGUGCAGUCGGCUUACUGCUAUUGUUCAUCAGAAUCGGUCCAUUCUCAUUCGUCCUCGUCAUCAUCGUAUCCUUUACCCUCUCUGCAUUACCCGACUUCAGAAGUAUCGUCGACAGCACCCUGGGUACCACCUUAUCUCCCGAACGUCGUCUUGAAGAGACCUUCUCAGUCCUUGGCGUUCAAUUGAAGUCAACUCACAUGGCCAAUCUUGAAUCUAGCACAACAAAUUACCAUCAGCAGUUAAACCAGAAUCUCAUCAAGCUCGAUCAACUACCCGAGCAGUUACAAUCGGCAUUCGGUUCUCUGUUCGAUUUGAUCAUCCGUGAUUAUGUCGAAAGCUGGUAUCUCCUACCCACCGUCUCGACCGGCGACAGGGCUUUCUUGAAUCAACUCCGAAAUGCUCUCAACCACAUCCUCCUCAAAGCGCAUGCCAAGUUGACCACCAAGUCUAGCAAAGAAACGAUGAUCUAUCUCAUCGGCUGUCUGUCUAUGAACCUCGUCCGUGAACUCAAUGACCGUGCCAACUCUCAAUCCCAAACUUCUCCUCAGGAUCGAAUCGCUCAACGUCUGACUCAGACCCGUAGGAUCUCCGAAGAAAUCCUCUUAACCCUGGGUUCCUCCUCAAUCACUUCGUCCCCUCUGACCCUCAACCUAGUCUCCGAAGUCUUGACUGUUCAAUUGAUAUCCAUCACCAGCUCUUACAACCACGACUGGUUUAAUCAGACCCUGAUCGACUCUCUAGGCACUGGUGCCCCCACUCAAGUCUCAUUGGCAUCAUCAGCAUCGACAAAAGCUACCGAUACCGGAAUAACAGCUGUGGUUGUCGACCAAAUCAAAGAAAGCACUAAGCAGAAUGACUCUCAUCGACCGCUGUUCCAAAGCCCUAGCCCUGCUCGAUCUCAUUCUACCAGUGAAACUCCUUCAACCAUCGCGGCUACUCCAGAUGAUAUUCAGUCUGUUACUGGGAACGAUGUGUUGAUGGCCUAUCUCAAAUCCCCUGGUAACUUCAAUCUUUCACCCAGUACGAAGCCAAACAGCAACAUUCACCUGCAAGAUUUAUUUCAGCAUACCGCGAAAUGGGCUCCCCAGAGUGCGAUCACUGAUUCGGAACGAUCCAAUCUAUUGUCUUCUUCAUCUGAUGAUUCCGUUGAAGUUGAAUGUUUCGUCAAGCUUUUCAACCAUUUCGACUCAUUCCAAAAGACCUGUCAGACCGCCAAUCUCAAAGCAGACGUAGUCAAGGUUGACGCGAUCUCUGUCCUAAGUGCAUUAGCCCCGCUUAUGGAUUAUGCGGUAGAUCAGCACAUUGCAAGCCAGCCCGACCAGAGCUCCAAGGUGCGUAUCUCCAGCACUUGGAAAUCGGCGAUCAUUGAAACUUUGAGACGUCUUGAAAUUGCAUCAAGUUCUGGUUCGCCCGUCUUUGGCAACCUCCAGCAAUGGAUCCUCGAUCGUUUACGCUCCAUCAAAUCCAACCCAUCAAAUCAGGCAUCUGUAGCUUCUAAACUCGAACCAAGUUCAGAUAUCGAUUAUCAGCCGUGGGCGACUCCUGCAACUGAGACAACUCGGGGGGAUAAGAUACACUACAUGACCUUACCCAACAUUCCACCAGCCGGCUCAAGCGGUUAUACUGUUGAUAGCCCUCCUAUGCAGUCUCAAGACCUGGCAAGCUCAAGAGAUGAGCAUACAUGGGAUAAGGCUAAAAACAGUACUACUGAGGCCAUCCUCAGCAGACAUCGUGCGCCGUCUUUCAGCCGUACUGCUACCUCACCUCCAUCCAGAUAUGGAGCCUCACCGCAGAGAGACAGUGUACAUGAAAGCUUUGGAUCUCCUGUCGCCGCGUUGCAAUCCUCCCCCUUUUCGGCUCGCGUUCCUGAAGAGGGUGACAUGACAGAAGGCUACUCGCUCGAUGAAACAAGUGAAAACGAAGAUUCGGAUCCCAACCAGUCCCAUCAGUCAAUCAAUCCACAUUAUAGUUCGACUGCCUCCAAUUCUACCCUCCGGUUUGACGACACAAUUACAUUGUCUUCCCCUAUUUCACGAUCCAACUCGAUGAACACACCGCCUGCUUCUCAAGCUGCUUCCUUCUCAGUCUCAGUUACGGAUAUGUCGCCCCCUUCCGCCAUCGACCCCAAGACUGGGCUUAUCAAGCAGAAAAAGGACAUCUCUCUAUUGAUUGCUGUCGAGGCCCCAUCCGUCCCCGGAUUCAUCGUCACUCGUGGAUGGCCCGAGCUUGAGCGAAUGGAUCUGGCAAUCAACAAGAAGAAACUCGUCGGCGUGGGUACGAAAGCCUUUCCUAGAGCAUUAUUACCGACCAACUUGAACUUCAAGACUAUUGAUCAUGUUCGAAGGGAAUUGGAAGCCUACCUGGAAUGUCUCUUAAAAGAUGAGAGGUAUUCAAAAUCAGAGCCAGUUUUGAAAUUCUUCGCAAAAGAAAGAUCUGGGAUGAGCGGCCGUGGUGGGGCGAUCAACAACAUCUUCAACUCGACCUCUUCGACUUUGGAUUCGAUCGGUAAAGGGGUCGCCAGCGUUGGAAAAGAAGUGGUCAGUAAGCCGGUCGAUUUUGCUGCGUCGGGGUUAAAUAGACUCUCCAAAGGCGUUUUCUCAGGGUUACCCUUCGGAAAUUCACCGGUCGCAACACAUGAAGAGUCUACAUCUUCGGAAAUAGGGAGCCAUAGGGACUCAUUGCAGUUCGCCAAUUCACCGAGUUCCAACUUGGUCGCCUCGGAACCCACUGAUCAAACAACCAAGGCAGCUGAAGGCUUGGUGAAUACCAGAAGUGCAAUCGACGCUCACCAAAGUAGUCGAAACGGAGAUCAAGGAUUGAUUGAUGACAUUCGGAAAGAACCAAAGGAGGAAAAAAGCGAAGAGCAGUCGGUUAUUGCCCAGCCAAAUCUAGAAUCAUCAUCCGGCUCGCGACCAACAUCAACUGCUGGUCCUCUAUCUGCCGGUCCUCAAACAGAAGAGAAACCGUCUUUGAACGCUUCCCUUCAAGAUGACGAAACGACCGCCCGUCCUCAACGGACUGGGAGUGUAGGUGGGACAGCCACGAAGAACCAAGAAUCAUUGGUCGCAAGCAACUUGGCUGAGACCAUCAAGCCUACGACGACACCAGGGAACAGCACCAAAUCAACCGCACCUCUCAACGAGACGGCCAGCUCAUUACCAGCAUCAUCAGUGACAGUGGCGACGACGACGCUGAACGGCAAAGAAUUUGAUACGGUGAUCAUCGGAAUCAUUUCGAUCCUCGAGGCGGCCUAUGGGCUCGAUCAAAAGCAGGGCGGCUCGGGGAACAACACGCCCUGGUCGAUGAAGCGAGGGGUUUUGAGGGUUCUGGAGACCGUCCUGCGGACGACGAGCUUUAGCCACUUCAUUCGACUGACGCUUUCGCAGCUCAUCGACAAAUUCGAAAAGGUCGAGACCUAUGUCGAUCUCAUCAACUCUGCCCUUCUCAGCCUCUCUUCCUCAUCUGCCCCGUCCAAGGACCAUCCUGGUCCUGAUGAACAGCAAAGCUUAAAGAACAAGCGCAAACAUCAUCGCAAACAACACUCGAUUAAUAGUCUGGCCUCUGAGGACGAUAGUCUCGAUGAUUUCGGGCUUGAUGUCUCCUCCUCGCCGUCCGAUUCUUCGACUUUACCCCAGCAGUAUCAAUACCAAUCUUUGGUCGAUGACGACGACCUGAAGAAGUCAAAUAACCUGAAACAGGCUAAGGUCGAUCAGACCGCAGAGGCCAAAGCCCGGCGCAAAGAUGCUGCCCGGAAGUUGUUUGUCGACUCGUGGUCGAGUCUAAAGAUCGGACUAGGAUCAAAUGCAACCGAUUUGGCAGCUACUAAAGUCUUCGAUCUGUUCCAAGAAUUCGACAGCUAUAAUGGACCCGAUGGACUACAGCACGAUGGGAAGAAGAACGCAGAUCAUGACGGCCAGCGUCUCCCCAGUGGGAUUGAGUUCAUCGUCCAUAAUCUCCUCUUGGAUCUUAUUCGGAUCAUUUUAUUGUUGUAA